AGAGCCGAGAAACGUGCUUUUCCAGCUGUUCGUGGCGUGCAGUUGCGGUCGCAGUGGCGCCGGAAGCGAUUACAAAAUCUGCCGCAGCGCCGGUGAGGUCUGCUCGGCGGCUGCCCCGCCGCGGUGCCUCGCGGAAGAACACGGCGCGGCGGCGACCCGUCGUCUUGUGCGAGGCUUCUUCGAUGGCGGCUCGGUUUGUUGACUGUUUGACGUGAGAUUAAAUGUGUUUUGCGGGGAGCGGCUUGCCCAAGACGGAUACCGUAGGGUCCAGAGAUUGUCUGCGCGAGGACCGCAACGUUGAAAGCGGCAACUAGGGGCCGUCUGCCAGCCGUGUGCCGUGCUUGUGCAAGUGCUUUCGCGGCGGUGUUGAUACUGAAGCCGCUGCCGGCAGCAUCACCCGAUCCCGUUUCGUUACUGGCCGUUCUUUUCCGUCGCCGUUCUUGUUUCGUUUCCUUUUUCCGCGGGUCUCGGCUCUCUCUCGACGGUGUGGGACCGCUACGACGACGUUUGGCACCGUGCGCACGUACGGGCCGGAGUGAUCGCCGCGCAGUCGAGCGAGUUGGUCGAAAGUGAGCCAUGGGAAAUGCCGCCACUACGAAAAAAGGGGACCCUGCCGAGAACGGGGGUUCCACGCCAACGCAAUCAAAGCCCGCUCCAUUCAAGAGCAGUGGCAUCGUGUCAGUUGAGAGGUUCCUUGAAGAGGCUAGGAAGUCCUUCGAACAAAAAUGGACCAGUCCUAGUUCGAACACAGCCUGCCUGGAUGACUUUGACCGGAUCAAGACGCUAGGGACUGGCUCCUUUGGGCGAGUGAUGCUUGUUCAGCACAAACAGCACAAGGACUAUUAUGCCAUGAAAAUUCUAGACAAACAAAAGGUAGUAAAGCUAAAACAAGUAGAACACACCCUAAAUGAAAAACGGAUAUUACAAGCCGUCGAGUUCCCAUUCUUGGUCAAGCUAGCAUACCACUUCAAGGACAACUCGAACUUGUACAUGGUACUGGAGUAUGUGCUUGGAGGUGAGAUGUUCUCACAUCUAAGGAAAAGUGGAAGAUUUUCAGAGCCACACGCGCGGUUUUACGGCGCCCAGAUUGUGCUGGCAUUCCAGUACCUGCACUCGCUAGACCUCAUCUACCGGGACUUGAAGCCCGAGAACCUGCUGAUUGACCACACAGGAUACAUCAAGGUUACGGAUUUUGGCUUCGCCAAGCGAGUCCGUGGACGGACCUGGACCUUGUGUGGCACGCCUGAAUACUUGGCACCAGAGAUCAUUCUCAGCAAGGGCUACAACAAAGCUGUUGACUGGUGGGCACUUGGUGUCCUAGUGUACGAGAUGGCGGCUGGCUACCCACCUUUCUUUGCUGACCAGCCGAUCCAGAUAUACGAAAAGAUUGUCUCCGGCAAGGUCCGCUUCCCGUCACAUUUCACCUCCGACCUGAAGGACCUGCUGAGGAAUCUUCUGCAGGUUGACUUGACAAAGCGCUUUGGAAACCUCAAAAAUGGUGUCAACGAUAUCAAGAACCAUCGGUGGUUUGCUACUACAGACUGGAUUGCGAUCUACAAGAAAGAGGUCGAGGCCCCGUUUGUGCCGAAAUGCAAAGGACCUGGCGAUACGAGCAAUUUCGACGAGUAUGAAGAGGAGGCCCUGCGCAUAUCGUCGACGGAAAAGUGCGCCAGGGAGUUUGCCGAGUUCUAGGCUGAGUGUUGCACGGGAGAGAUAGGACCGGGGAGCCGACGACUAGGGGAGGCGCUCCUUCACAUUAUUUUGUCCCUGGCAGUGAGAAGCACCUGCGCUGCCUGGCACCUCCCACGGGCGAUGGGAAGGAAAGAGCAGACAGAUCGAGGCACAAAGGCUAGGAUGAUGAUGUCCGCGGCGCCUACUCGCGCAGGUUUUUUUCUCUCUGAUAAACUGGCGCUGGGCCAAUCUUCGGCAGCCACGACCCGUGUGUGUUCCCUGGAUGUCAGCGCUGCUUUCUUCAUUCCCCCCUUCACAACCCCAAAGUCUCCUCUGCCGCGUUGGCUCUCCAGGCAUGCAUGUCUGUUCGUGUCCUCUUGGGUGCACCCUCUGCUUCUCCCCUCUUUUUUGGUCUCUCAUCAUUUUCUCUUGCUGUCUGUCCCUGCGUGCAGGCUCCUGGCAUAAAGGCUAGCGACAUUGUCUAGCCGGGAGGCACAACCACUGCAGGUGUUGGGAAACCCGCUCUUGCUGGGACACCAUUUCUCAUCGUGGAACAAAGUGACAUUAUCGUGCAGAGCCAGCAGAGGCUGCCCACUGUAGCUUUCUCGCUUCCAGCGAAAAGCGACCCAGGCUUUGCAGAUUGCCUGCUAGCUCGGGGUUCCUGCCACUCCCUCUAUCAGUGGUUGCCGAGAAACUUUGUUUCUGGUGUGGAACAGCAUUUCCCUAGGCUUCCUGACCAUGCACACGUUAGAGGAAAACGGUUCCCAGCAUUUCUCACGACCCCAGCCAUUUAUGCUGUGCUGGCUUUGGCACUAUCUCCACUUGUAUAGCAAGAACCCAUUGCUGCGUUUCUUUCUCUCCUAGGCAUUACCAUAAUGGUGAAUGAAGCAUAUUUUGGCAGAAAUGGAAAAAAAAAGCAUGGGAACGUGCCCUGCUUCGAGGGCCAGGCACUUGCAUACAGUGACCAUACUCUUUCUAGGCAGCCACUGAGCUUCUGAGAGGCAAAUGAGAAAUUUUAAAAAGUGAUACAAAAGAGGUUUCAGCAUGUCUGUAUGUGUGCGUGCAAGCGUCUGUAGUCUCUUGUGGCGGCAUUUUAUUUCUUUCUAUCUCAUUGUUUUGUCUCUGUGCAUGAAGUGAGUUUGGCAAUGCCACACAUACUCUAAAUCUCCGGCUGUGUUGCCUGCAGUUCCGGAGAGGCUUCAUCUUAGGCUAGUGCAUUACUGGCAGGAGCAAUCAUGUCAUCCCAUGCUUUGUCAGCUCACACACACUGACAGAGCUUGGAACAGUGGCUUCAGAUGUGAAACUGUUCACCCCCGACCACAGCAUAGCUUUCCUGGUUUGUUGCACUGAUGCACAUGCUUUUUUGGCACAUUUCUCGAGUUGCUGUUCCAAUGCGUUUGUUUGGGUGCAAAGAAUGCAUCAGUGAGCACCACACCUGUUUUCCUUGGUACACUGCCAAGUCACGGGCUCCCGCAUUGCAGUACGAGAGCACAUUACAAAUGUUCUGUUUGCUCUUGACAGGUCCUUUACCAUCCUUAAAAGACUGCCUUUUUCUGCCGGACUAGUGUAUUGGAUAUAAUGUCUGCCAAAUUGCAUCACAAAUGGACUGUUGGCGAGAUGCAUGUGUAGGCAUGUGGCCGCCAACCUGCCAAUCAGUUGGCAAGAGUUUGGCUCGGUGGGAUGUCAUGAACACAGCGCAGAUUCUGACCGGUUGCCGCGAUGGCUGUCUCAGAAUAAAAAUCUUCAAGUAUGAAUAAUGGAGCUGAUGAUAUGUGGGUGUGCCAUUCGUUGUCCCGGUGUUUACUUGCCUGCGUAGCCAGCAAACACACUCGCAAUGACGUGGCUGGCACCCCUCUACAGGCUUUCGUAUAGCGUUGCCUGUUCUUCCAUUCUGGUUCAUUCAUUUAUGCCUGUCUCUGCACUGCAAAUCCAGGGCUGCCUUGGAUCUUUUCCGUGUAGCUUGGAAUUUCGUUUAGUUUUUAUUGCCCCCAUUGAUGGCCACGCCUGUAAAUACAGGGAUGUAUCUGUUUUGGUAUAUGCAAUACUAACUACACAGGCUUUCCUCUGGAACUAAACACAAUUCUCCCGUUGUUCCUUCCUCGGCGUGUUUCUUGGGUUGUUUCAUGCAAGGUAGGACUGACUAGCUUUCUUGGUCUCACGGGGUUGUGCUGCUUCUCUUUUCAAGCCCCCAUAUAAUGAGCACGCCGAAUGCACAUGCCCAGGCCUUUUUCUGUGAGAGGCCAGUUUAAAGGAUGGUGGCACAGUUAGAUGUGUGUUUAUUUACCAAAAUGCCAGAAGUUUGUGUAAGAAAGUGGUAAACAUUUCUUUGUGUAAUAAUACCGUGGGCCAUGCUUGCUGGGCUUUUUCUUUUUCAUACCCUUUUGUAGGUCUUUGAUCAUCUCUUGUGGCUGUUGCGUGUCAUGCCUGUCCCUCUGCAUACUCACUUGGAGAGAAGGAGAAAAAUGCAAGGCGUCGAUCCUUUGUCUGCAGAUCAUCCGUUUUUUAUGUAACCCGAUCGAAGACCUCUCGAAUUUUAAUCAUGUGUGCAGUUAAAGGAUUUGCAAUUAGUUUACUCCUUUGUUUUAGUUUAUUGUUACUGGCAAUCGUUCACCAAAUUCUUUAUAAUAUAAUUCUCUGUUGAUUAGAUUUGGUGUUGGAUUGUGUUGCUCUUAUGUUUGUCAAGAGCCGUAUCUGCAAUACUUUGCUGCAGCUCGUUUGCAAUGUUUUCCCUCAUUCUCAGUUCGACAUUUUAAGUAGGUGAGCUUUACAAGACUUCAACAUUUGCACAUGUCUGUUCAUGGUGUCAGAGAGCUAACACUGAGUCUGUUAAAUCACUUGUGAUGCAAGCAGAUAAUUAUUCUUGCAUUGUAAUAUUUUUUUUAAAUCCCAGUGGGAAUGUUUCUCCUGAAGCUUUAUGAGUUUUUAGUGCUGCACAUGUUGUCAUUUUCAAGCUCGUGUUUACUUUUCUUUGACGAAUGGAUUAACUAUCUUAAAGGCUCUCAGUGUCGUAAAGGUUAUUCUUUUUCCUCUUCUUUUGAGGAUGAUGUAGGCAACCAGUAUUCGAGCACGUGGAACUGAUGACAUUCAUUACAAGCUCCAUGGUGUGUUGCUUUAGAUUGUACUGCUGUUUGCAAAAGUUUGCGGGAAAAGUUUGCGGGGUGCAGAUGUGGCAAAAGCAGAUUUUUUUUUACAUACUUUGUGGAUGCCUAAAUGUGGAUUUUUGUUAGUGGCAUAUGUUAAUGCAGACUGCAGCUAGCAAUCUAGGGAUGCAUGCAGGGUGAAAAGCUGUCUGACACCCUGUGAACUUUUGCUGUCAACAGUGCAUUAGUGGACUUCCCUUGUGUUUCUUCAAAUGGGAAAGUAUCAGGCAGGGAAGAAGUGAUUCAGGAGCUUGUAGUAUUUGAAUGGUUACUAACUGUCUGCUUUUAUUAGUUCAAGUAUUUUGGGAAUAGCUUAGGUCGUCACUGUGCUGGGCCAGUUCAAAUGACGGAGAGCGAAACUAUGCGCCUGAGUUUUGUUUUUCUCAUGAUGUUGCUUCAUCUUAGGUCAUCUCGUCUCAUAACUGUGUUGUCUUUGCUUUUCCUGUCAUCCCCCCUGGUUCCAAUGUGAUCGUGUCCCGCACUUGCAAGAAUUUAGCAAAAGUUUGUUUUUGAUGUUUGCCUCAAGGUGUCUUUUUAUCUAGUCCAGCCCACAGAUUGAUAUAUAUAUAUAUAUUAUACAAACACACACACAUACACAUGAAAAUACUGAGGAUAUCGCAGAGAGAGCAGUUCAAAGAUUACUAAAAAGCUUAAAUGUCUUUUCUUUUUCCUCCCCUUUGGUUGUUUCUUUUUUACCCACCCCCAUACACCUCUGCUCUCCCUAGUUCCGCAAAACCCCCAUGCUGUCAUUCGUUGCUUGCAAAUUUUUAGCCUUGUAUAUUUGUUAACUUGUGGUUGGAGCUGUUCUUGUAUUAAAAGUUGUUAUACUAAAUACA